AUGGCGGCGGCCGGUGAGGAGGCGGAGGCGACGGACUGGGUGCUGCCGCCGGAGGUGGAGGUGCUGGAGUCCAUCUACCUGGAGGAGCUGCGGGUGGCGCGGGGCCGCGGCAGGUGGGAGCCCUGGGAGAUCAGCAUCACCCUGCACCCCGCCACGGCCCAGGACCAGGACUCCCAGUAUGUCCGCUUCACCCUGGUGCUCUCCGUGCCCCCCCAGUAUCCCAACAAAGCUCCGGAAAUCUCGAUCAGGAAUCCGCGGGGGUUGUCAGAUGAACAAAUUCAAAAGAUUUCCCAGACCCUCAGAAGUGUUGCUGAAGCCAGGCUGGGGACAGAGGUGCUCUAUGAACUGAUUGAGAAGGGGAAGGAGAUUCUCACUGACAACAACAUUCCUCAUGGCCAGUGUGUGAUCUGCCUCUAUGGAUUCCAGGAGAGAGAAGCCUUCACAAAGACCCAGUGCUACCACUACUUCCAUUCCCACUGCCUGGCCCGCUACGCCCAGCACAUGGAGGAGGAGAUCCUCAUGCAGCAGGAGGAGAGAGAGCAGCACCUGGCGCCAUCCCCCAAACAGGAAGUCGGUGUGCAGUGCCCUGUCUGCCGGGAGACCCUGGUCUACGAUCUCUGUGCUCUGAAGGCGGCGCCACCCCCACAGCACCCGCUGGAGCCUUACAGGCCGGACACCAAGAUGCUGCAGCAUCAGGAAGAACUGCGCUUAAUUUUCAAGAGACAGCAAGAGAAAGGGGGCAUCAUUGACCCUGAAGCAGAGAGGAACCGUUACUUCAUCAGCCUCCAGGCGCCUCCAGCUGCUGUCGAUCCAGGCCAAGCAGCCGCUGCCUCUGAGCUGCCGGUGAGUGCAAGCGCUGUGGAUGUGCCCCAGCUGCCCAGCCAAGCCUCGGCUCUGGAGCCAGCCGAGGCGCUGGAGGCCAGGGCAGAACGUGGGCAGCCCGAGAGGCCUGCUGUGCCCAGAGAGCAACAGAGCAAGAGGGAGAGGCACAGAGGGGAGAGGCCAGGCCCCAGAGGCCAGGGCAGGCAGUUGUGCAGUGGCUUGCAGGAACCGGCAGAGGAAGCCUGUCACCCACUCCAUGGCUCCAGGGGGCCCAGGGGCUUCAGCCGGAAAGCGGAGCGGAGACCUGGUGGGAGGCACAGCCAGGAGUUUCCAAAGCCUCAUGGCAGAAGCAGGGCUGCUGCCUUGGGCGAAAGAAAGGAAUUGUGCCCUGAAGAUCCCCCACCAGUAACAGAGGCAGUGGACUUGAAAGAGGAGCACCGUGAUGUGGAGAGAUGGACCCCAGAGGAGGGGGCUGAGGUCCGGGGCAGGGAGAAGGAGAACCUGGCAUUCAACCGCAGCGACCACAGAGCAGCUCCCAGCUGGCAGGGCCACCACAGGCCCUGGGAUUGUGGGAGGUGGGAGAAGUCUAGAGUCCAGGAGCGUGGCUCCUACCCCAGAGCACCAAGAGGGCGAGGGGUGUUCAGGCCCAGUGGGCGACGAGAAGCCUAUCUCCUUGAGAAGGAGAGUGGCUCCUAGCAGGAGUGGU